CCUGUAAAUACUUAUUCAGUCAAUAUAUUAUUUUCUACAAUACCUCGUUCGUAAACUAUACCCAUGAAACUUUAUAAAUCCUGCAUUGAUUUGCAGAAAGGCGGCAAGUUGCAACAAUAAUGGCGCCAACUCAGCUCGAUGGCCGACGCACUGGGCGUCCUAGUACCAAGCAAAUCAAGCGAAUGCCCAAGAAGCACAAGAACCUCUACCAUACCUACGAGAAAAAGCUUCAUAUAAUCCACUGGCGCAAAGAACAUUCCAUGGAGUCCGCCAUCGACACGUUCUUCCCCGGUGUCGCGGGAGCCAAGCGCACUACAGUGUGGAAGCAGAUCCUGCGCUGGGAAUCACAACGGGGCCACAUCACUAUGGCUUGUUCCAAGGCUCGAACGCGGGACAUGCGUACUCUACGCAAGCAAGGCGUAUCUACAACGCUCACCCGUGUUGCAGAGGAAAACAUUGCUCAAUGGGUAUCUGAACUUCGUGGAGAUGGCAUACCUGUAUCGAAGGCUCUCCUCGCGUGCAAGGCAAUGGAUGUGGCGUUGGAACAAGGCUUAGCAGCGAACCAGUUCAAGGCAAGUCCAUCGUGGAUGAAAGGGUUCAUGAAGCGAUGGGGACUUGCGAUCCGAGCGAAGACUCGCUCUGGCCAAGCGAACCUUGCUGAUGGAGAGAAAGCUCUUGCCGAGUUUAAGACGUCUAUUCGCAAGGUCAUCAAGGACAAUCGCAUCGUCGAAGUAUUCAAUGCAGAUCAAACAGGAAUCAACUACGAGUACCUUCCAAAGCAAACGAUGGACAACAAAGGUGCCAAGACUGUGUGGAUCAAGGCGUCUGGUCACGACAAGGAUCGCGUGACUGCUAUGCUUCUGGCCGAUUCCAAGGGAACGAAAUAUCCUCCGUUUUUGGUCCUGAAGAACAAAACGAAGAAGGAUCGCCAAGAAGCCAAGAGUCGCAUGGAUGCGAUGGUAGCCGAACGAAAGAAGAAGCGUGGAGCGGCGCUGGUGGUGUCUGCCGUUGUGUCGAGGUGGGCCCGUGUCGCUGCCACGAUGGACCUCAAGCCCUUGCCUAAUGGCCAGGUCAAAGCCAACCGCAAGAACGCUGUGGAAGUUGUAGUGUAA